CUACUCAUAUGCAUUCGUGUAGAGUGGGGAAAGCUCUAAAGUCCGUUUAAGAUCAAGAGCAUCUAUCCGGACAACAAUCAAAACCCAUCCAACCAUAAACCAUUCAUAUACCCUACUUGUCGCAAACGUAAAGUCCUUUUAAAAUCCGGACAACCAUCAAUCCCAUCCAACUAUCAUCCAUCUACAUGCCCUACUUUUCACAAAUAUGAUCACUACAUCACCAAGAAGGAGGCUAUCAAGCGUUCAAUCAUCUUCUCCCGCUACAUUACCAUUGGAUAUCACAGCUCCGGCUCGCGUUGUUCAAAAGCAAGUAAUCCAGAUAUGUGCACAUAGCAAAGGCUGCUCCGUUGUCCUUUUCAUGCGUUUAGCAUUACCAAAAUCAUCAAAAAAGCGAUCAUAUGCAUUGUUUCCAGAAGUCUCAGACGAAGAGGGAAUCAGGCUGAAAUCUUCUGCUGUAUAUCCAGUCUCGGUUGAUAAAGCUGGCAAGACUCUUUUACCCCAAAACGCAAGUCCUACUCUUAAAAGAGCUUCUCGAAUACUUGCAAUUAGGUACAAUGCUCCCGAGACCCCUCUAGCUAAUACUUUUGCUGAAGCUUGGAACAGCGACGAUUCUGGAAGCGAGAAUAAUAUAAAGCAAGUCAAACCUAGAUUGAUAUCUGAUCUUCAAAUCACAAUACCGCAAUCAGGAGAAGAGCAUACAGACGCCUCGGAAAAGCUGUAUUACUUGGCAGUGAUCCAAAUCGAAGUUGGGCUUCACAAAGCUCCUCCCAACUGGCCGUUUGAAGCGCAUAUACCCAUACCCCGCUGCCUAAACAACAAGCUUCAUUUUACUCGGGAUGAAGAAGGCGCUGAAUCCGAUCAACGUAUGGUGGUUGAUUUCGAGCCUCGUCUUGUUCAAAGGUCAGUGGGUGGACCGUUUGAAAGUUCCUCUUAUCUUGAUGCGGAGUUAGAAGGAGGCGAUUCUGCAUGCUUGAUGGAAGAUGGUCCACAAACAGCAGUCAGUGGAUCCUUCCCAGCCACAAGUACCAUCAUUGCUAGAUGGGCACCGGUACAUGCUGCAGCAGAUAUCAGUCAACAUGCAUAUUCAGGGUCAGGAUAUCUCCCCGUUCCAGCUCAUUCACUUGCCAUUAAUGGACAAGUGGAAGACAAAUUCGAUGAACUUGGUCUACACACAAUUGAAGGCGAGGAAGGCAAGAAUCCUGCAGAUACCUUAGGCGAUUGGAGCGGGGUCAUUGAGGAUGUCAACACAUCAGUUUGGAUCACGUAUGGACCUCCUUCAAUCUCAAAACGUAGAAAGGCCGUCUAUCGAGUUCAGAUUUCAUGGCCAUACGUUGCAAAUCCGGUCCUUAUCCCGUCGGCGCAAGCAGGAGUCGUUCAGCAAACGCCACGCCUACUUCCACGUCUCGUUCUCGCUUUACAGCGGGCAUGUGUUGAUGAGAAAGUUGAUCUAUUGCAUGCCAGUAUCCAAGGUAAGCCAGUACAAGUGGUCUUUGAUACUCAAGACAGUAUUGAUACUAUGUCAAAGAACGAUGCGAUUCCUUCAAAGAUGAUUGAUAUCCGAUUGCCCGAGUAUAUGCGUAACACUGAAGGUCAAAUAAUGGCAACGCUAGUCUACUCAGUAGAGGGGCCGUCUUCCUCCUCAGCCUUGAACCUCUUUGCUCCAGUGGCAAGCACGGUGACUUAUUUCCAUACUCGUAUUCAUGAUGAGGCUUUACAAGAUUCAGUGCCGAUCCUGGCAUAUUCUAGUGAGCCUCUAUCCUCUUCUGUUCACUGCGACGAGCAGCACCACGUAGCCACAGUAGAAGCUAGCAUGCUUGCUUCCAUGACAUCUGUCACUAUGGAGUAUGUCAAGCGUACGAAGCCUCUCGUCCCUUUAUCACCUCCACCAAUAGCACCUCUCCGCCGGCAAUCUGUUAUGUCAAAUACACCUGCAAGCGCUAUGGCCGCUUCUUUGCUUCCAUCCGUGAGAACCCCGGAGCCGAAAGAGAAAUCUGCACCGAUACUUCCAGCAACAAAUGGAGAACGACCUGUGCAAUUCAAGCGACAACAGAAUUCUCAAGAACCUCACCAUCUGAUCACCUGGUCAACGUUCCACGCUUUCCUUUUGGUCGUCUUGGCAUGUUCUCUGUACAAUGUCAACUUCAACAUCAUUCCGUCUGUACAACAAAUUUCUCGUAAAGUUGACGUGAUGGGAAUGGCCCUCAAUUUGGACUUUGCAAAUGAUGGUCAACAUUUGCAAUACUCAGAUCCAAAUUUGAAAACUGCAACUUCACCAUCUGCAAACAAUCAACUCGCUGUACAACAACCUUAUGCAAAUAGUCUUGCUAUACCCAACACAGGUGGCAUUUCCGAUUUUGUCACUUGGCUCUCAAUGGCUUUAUCUUGGCCAUUGAGAAGAAUUCUAUCCAUCUUUUCUGAUGAUAAUCAUUGAUUUUUGUAAUCUUUUGUAUUUGUAUCAUGUAUCCAUAUCCUCGCUGUAUGUACCAUUGUAUCAAUUGAAUCAGC